AUGGCUGCUGAGGAAAAGAUAUCUGCCGAAAAGCCGCGCGCUCCACCAUCGGCCUACUUUCUUUUCUUACAAAAAGAGCACGCCUCCAUCCGCCAGCAGCUUGCCCAGGAGAGCGGCAGGGACCGGAUUCCCCUCGCAGAGGUACAAAAAGCUGUUAGCGAGAGGUGGAAAAGCCUAUCUUCAGCCGAGCGAGAGGCCUACAAUGAAGAGGCGCGACUGAGGAAGCAGGAGCACCAACAGCAGGUUUUACGGCGCGACAAGGAGAUACGAGAGAGAGCGACGGGGGAUCAGAAAAAUCCCAGUUACAAACGAAGCCUUCCGGAUGCCGCAGACCUAUUCCCACAGGCCCGAGUCAACAAAAUUGUCAAGCUCGACACAUCGCGUGCCCGGGUUACAGCUGUUGCAGCCCGAACGAUGAACCUCGCAAUGAUGUUGUCUUAUUCACUGAAUGUGUUAUGUCAGGUUCUGGCGCUCCGCCGCUUCGCAGUCUUGGCCGACUCCUGCCGAAGCGGGCGGAGCACUCUAAUGCAGGAGGAUGUCUUCUCAAUGAUUCGUCAAGGCGGUGCGGAUCUGGCAAUUUUGCAGGGGGUUCUGUAUGCUUUGGAUACCGACGACAGUAGCGAUGACGACGGUCUUAUGGACUUGGCAAGCGGUACUGAUGAUUCGUUUUACAAUUCGACGUCGGCUGACACUGUUGCCGAUCACCAGACAGAGAAUAAGAAACGACGUCUACCAAACGUUUUGAAUGAUGACGGUGCAUAUCGCGUUGAGAAUGUGAAAUCGACGAGGCCCACAAACCGCAAAAGAGUGCUCCCCAUGAAGGGCAGGAAGAAACCAUCAGGCUCGAAAGGUCUGCAGUGUGCGGAUAUCAGUUCGUUCUUCUCUCGCACACGCUAA